AUGACGAUCGAGACGUCCAAGCUUAGUGAAGACGACGAUGGCAAGCACUUUGUCGCCGGUGUGGUGACCAAGGAGUUUCUCGACUUUAGCAAGGCCAGGGGACAGGCCGCGAGGGACUCGCUCACUGGCGACCUGAUACCCAUGCCCUGGUGCGGUGGUACUGUGCUGCCCGCGAGUCCCGUACCGGUCACGCGACCCGGCAACCAAAACCAAAAGCUUGCUGCAAUCUGA